CCGGAAGAAGCAGGCAGAUGUGUGUGUGUGUGUGUGUGUGUGUGUGUGUGUGUGUGUAAGUGGCCGUGACAUAUGUCUUAUGGCACUUCUAAACUGGACCCGGGCCUCGGUGCCCUCUCCGAGCCCCGUAUGAAAUGUUCUUCUGAUCCGUUGAACUUUUCUCUUUGCAGGUCCUGGAGCUUUGAAGUUGCGGGUGCAUCUCCCGCCAGGCGCGCUCUUCUCGAGGCGGCCCAUGCAUUCGAUUUGCACGGUGCAGAUUCAAGUCCCCGAGAUAGAGGAAACGUUUUUCGCGCCGGAGUUCAGCGCGGAGCUGCCUGGGCACCGAGGGGGCGACGGCGGCGGGCGCAGGGCCAGGCCCGGGCUGCAUCCCGAGCAGCCAUUGGCGGGCGCGGCGCGCUGCACUGAGCAUGUUCGCGCUCCGCUGGCUCCGGGCGGCAGUCGCAGCCGCAGCCGCAGCCGCAGGGACGGCGGGCGCGGGAGCCUCCGCGCAUUAUGCAAAGCGGCGGCAGAUGCGAGCUGGGCCAGCCGGGCGCUCAUCGGCCUCGCCUCCCAGCGGCUCGACCAGCUGCCUGAUUUGCCCGCGAGACCCCCCUGGCCCGGGCCGGGGGCCGAGCAGGUCCGCGAUGGCCUGAGUGCCCGGGGCGCGGCGGCGCAGCGGCGGGGUUGCAACAUGGGGAACCAGGAUGGGAAGCUGAAGAGGAGCGCAGGUGAUGCCUCGCACGAAGGCGGCGGCGGCUGCGCCGAGGAUGCUGCGGGGCCCAGGGAUGUGGAAGCCACAAAGAAGGGCAGCGGGAGCAAGAAGGCGCUGGGCAAGCACGGCAAAGGGGGAGGGGGUGCCGGCGGGGAGUCCGGGAAGAGGAAGAGCAAGUCGGACGCCCGAGCCUCGGUGUUCUCCAACCUGCGGAUCAGGAAGAACCUGUCCAAGGGGAAGGGCGCCGGCGGCUCCCGCGAAGAUGUGCUGGACUCGCAGGCCCUGCAGACCGGGGAGCUGGACAGCGCUCACUCCCUGCGCACUAAGACCCCGGACCUCAGCCUCUCGGCGGACGAGACGGGUCUGUCGGACACCGAGUGCGCGGACCCCGAGUGCGCGGACCCCUUUGAGGUGACCCGCCCAGGGGGUCCCAGGCCUCCCGAGGCCGGGCCAGGGGUCCAGCCGGUCGCCGAGGAUUUGGAAACUGCGGCAGGGGCGCAGGAUGGACAAAGGACCAGCUCGGGCUCGGACACGGACAUCUACAGCUUCCACUCGGCUGCAGAACAAGAGGAUUUGCUCUCAGACAUCCAGCAGGCGAUCCGCCUGCAGCAGCUGCAGCUGCUCCAGGACGCCCGGGAGCCUGCAGAGACCCCCAGCGCCGCCUUCGCUCCGCCCGGGGCCUUCCUGGGCCUGGACCGCUUCCUGCAGGGGCCGAGCGGCGAGGACGCGGAGGCCCAGGGCGGUCCGCGCGCGGAGCAGGCGCCGUCCGCGCUCCCCGCCCCGCCGGAGAGCCCGGCCCCGCGCAGCCUCCCGGCCUCCGAGGCGCCCGGCGUCCCCGCGGCCCAGGCCCGUGUCACAGACUCGCCCUCGCGCACGGCCUUCCCGUUCCCCGAGGCCGGGCCAGGGGAGGGCGCAGACGCCGCGCCGGACACUGACGAGGAGGUCGAGGAGGAUGCUUUCGAGGAUGCCGCCCGAGGCUCUCCGGGGGAGGAGUGGGCCCCGCCGGUGGGGCCAGAGCCGCAGGAGCGGACGCCAGGGCCCGGUGUCCCCGCAGCGGCCGCCUCCCUGCCCGGCAGCCCGGCGCCCAGCCCGCGCUGCUUCAAGCCCUACCCGCUCGUCACCCCCUGCUACAUCAAGACCACCACCCGCCAGCUCAGCUCGCCCAACCACUCCCCGUCUCAGUCCCCCAGCCAGAGCCCCAGGAUCAAGAGGCGACCGGACGCCUCCCUGAGCCGGGGGCCCAGACCCGCCGUGGCCUCCGAGGCCGCCCCGGCCAAGAAGCAGCGGGCGGACGGGGGCCUCGCCGGGGGCCUCAGCCGCUCCGCCGACUGGACCGAGGAGCUGGGCGCCCGUGCGCCCCGGGCCGGAGGCUCGGCUCACCUGCUGGGGCACGGGCCGGCCGCGGACGGCGGCGGGGUGACCCCCGCGCUGGCCGCCAAGGCGUCUGGGGCGCCGGCGACUGCGGACGGCUUCCAGAACGUGUUCACAGGGCGGACUCUGUUGGAGAAACUGUUCAGCCAGCAAGAGAACGGGCCUCCAGAAGAAGCAGAGAAGUUUUGCUCCCGGAUCAUUGCCAUGGGUCUUCUACUUCCUUUUAGUGACUGCUUCAGGGAACCAUGCAAUCAGAAUGCUCAGUCAAGUUCUGCUCCAUUUGAUCAAGAUCAGCUUUACACCUGGGCUGCAGUCAGUCAACCCACACACGCCCUGGAUUACUCGGAAGGGCAGUUUCCCAGGCGAGUCCCGUCUGUGUGGCCAGCAUCGAGACCUCCAGAUGAAGAACUCGAGCCUAAGGACGCUAAGACAGAAUCUCAAUCUGCUAUUUUGGAAACUCCAAAAAAAGCUUCAGAUGUUGUUCAGCAGGUUGUCAAGUUAUUAAGCAACAAAAGAUCACAAGCAGUUGGAAUAUUAAUGUCUAGUCUUCAUUUAGAUAUGAAAGACAUACAACAUGCUGUUGUGAACUUGGACAAUUCUGUGGUUGACCUGGAGACUCUUCAAGCUCUCUAUGAGAAUAGAGCACAGUCAGACGAACUGGAAAAAAUUGAAAAGCAUGGCCGAUCCUCCAAAGACAAGGAAAGUGCCAAGUCUCUGGACAAACCUGAACAGUUCCUUUAUGAACUGUCACUAAUCCCCAACUUUUCAGAGCGAGUGUUUUGCAUCCUGUUCCAGUCCACAUUUUCAGAAAGCAUUUGCUCAAUCCAUCGCAAACUGGAAUUGCUACAGAAAUUGUGUGAGACAUUAAAAAAUGGCCCAGGGGUUAUGCAGGUUCUGGGUUUGGUUCUUGCAUUUGGCAACUACAUGAAUGGUGGAAAUAAGACUCGGGGACAGGCGGAUGGCUUUGGAUUAGACAUUCUCCCCAAGCUGAAAGAUGUCAAAAGCAGUGACAAUAGCAGAAGCCUUUUGUCAUACAUUGUUUCAUAUUACCUUCGAAAUUUUGACGAGGACGCUGGAAAGGAACAGUGUGUCUUUCCACUGCCAGAACCUCAGGAACUUUUUCAGGCCUCACAGAUGAAGUUUGAAGAUUUUCAAAAAGAUCUCAGAAAACUAAAGAAAGACUUGAAAGCCUGUGAGACUGAAGCAGGGAAAGUGUACCAGGUCUCCUCCAAAGAGCACAUGCAGCCUUUCAAAGAAAACAUGGAGCAAUUUAUUAUUCAAGCUAAAAUUGACCAGGAAGCAGAAGAAACUUCACUGACAGAGACUCAUAAAUGCUUUUUGGAGACUACAGCCUAUUUCUUCAUGAAACCAAAAAUUGGAGAGAAGGAGGUGUCCCCAAAUGUUUUCUUCAGUAUCUGGCAUGAAUUCAGCUCUGACUUUAAAGACUUUUGGAAGAAAGAGAAUAAACUUAUUCUACAAGAGAGAGUAAAAGAAGCUGAAGAAGUGUGUAGGCAGAAAAAAGGAAAAUCGCUUUAUAAAAUAAAACCAAGACAUGACUCUGGAAUUAAAGCAAAGAUAAGCAUGAAAACCUGAACAGGGGACAGAAGGAUGAAAAUGAGUCACUGCAACAGCUUCCACAAAAUUCAGCUGACCCAAGGGUGGGAAGGAAACUACAUCAUUCUGAUCAUUUUUCCUCUUAGCCUCUUGCAUAAUCUUUGUGUUUUCUAGACAGUUCACCAAUUGUUGAAUUUUAGUGUAUAUUGAUCAGUGGAGACCAAUGGAGAAUUGCAAACCUUUUCUUCUUGUAAAUGUUUAUGGCAUCACAUUGACAGCCCCCAAACAACGUGUGCAGGCUACAGUGUCUGCACCCGCUCUGCACAUGCUCAGCGUUAGCCUCUAGUACCCUUCUGUGAGACCCUUCUUGUCACGGCAGAAACACUUUGCUUUCUACUGACAGCCAGAGCUCCACAUCAUUGCAUUUAGGUUCAUGGAGAAAUGUUAUUUCAAGUGGAUUGUUUGUAUCUGUUUCAUGUCUACUUAUAAAUUUUCUAUUUUAAAAAUCUAAGUACCAUUUAUAUAUCAUAAUCAAUACUUCCCCAACUCUUGGAUUGCUCUCCAUAGCUAUAUAUUUGUGAAAGAAGAUUAUCAUUUUUUAACUCAAGUCAGAUACUGAAUAGAAAAACACAUAGCAAAAGAAAAAAUAGUUUCCUGUAAGUUAUUUAACAUAGAUGGAAUCAGAGUUUUCAGUUUAAUGAGAGCCUAUAAAAAGCUUAACUGCAGCAGAGGUAAAUUAAAUCAAGGGUGUGUCUCUCCUUAACUUUUACUUUAUACUUUACAAGGAAAAUUUCACUCAGUAGUUUGAAGGAAUUUAAAUAAAUGAUGCAGAUACAAUUGCCAAACAUGACUAUCAUUAAAAAAAACAGAAAAGUAAAACUGGGGGAUCAACUGGAUCUAUGUAGAAUCUAUUAAGAAAACAUACUUCCUUGUGUAUUUUGACAUGAUUGAGGUUAUCAUGGUGAGUUACAGCAGGUGAUUAAAGCUAGAAAGUGAGAAUAUAAUGAUUCAUUAUCAAAGGAAGUCAGGAAAGGAUUUUAUUUUACUUUGAGGAAAAAUACAUAAACCUUCCACUCAUUCCAAGAGUAUUUUAAAAUCAGCUCAUGAUACAUUUUGAUGCUUAUAUCUAACAUUAAUAGUUGUUUUUAUUUUUACUGCUAUUAAUGAUAUUAGUUGAGAGUUAUGGUUAUAGACAAAGGGGAGAAUCUAUUGCUUUUGCAAACCAAUUAUGGAAAGCAAUUUUAAAAAACUAAAACAAUGUUCUAAAUCAUGACUAUGUUUGUAUUUAUGUAAAGUAUUGUAUCUUACCUUUUGGUUCAUAGUUUAAGUGCACAGAAACAGUAGUGGUUUUCUUCUGUUGUUCUGUAGUUUUCCUGUCCCCUCAGUCCCAUCAAUGUGUAUAUUACCAUUCCUCAAUGAAGUAAUAGGGCAUUUAACAAAAAUCGCUCUGUGCAAUACUGUAUGUAGUGUUUCUAUUUCAAUUUUUUAGGAUGUUAAUUUAUAUGAAAAUAAAAUGAAUAAUAAAAUA